GAGGGCUUCGACAAGGCCCUGGAGGAGGCAGUAGAUAAGCUGGUGGUGGUGGACUUCACAGCCACGUGGUGUGGCCCCUGUCAGAGCAUCGCUCCUUUCUUCAAGGGUCUGUCUGAGAAUUAUCAGAGUGUGGUCUUCCUGAAGGUUGACGUGGACGACGCACCGGAUGUGGCCAGUUUCUGUGACAUCAAGUGUAUGCCAACAUUCCACUUCUACAAGAACCAGAAGAAGGUGGAGGAGUUCUCAGGGUCCAAUCAGGCCAAACUGGAGGAGCUGGUCAACACUCACAAAUAAACACACACCCGUCUGUCUCCUCUCCUCCCUCUCACCUGUCUGAGGACAGUUGUCUCCUCUCCAACUCUCCUCUGUCUCAAUUCACCUGAGGAUGCCCCAAAGCCUUCCACCCCCUCCUCAACUGAUCUGACAGGACGCCCCAAAGCCUUCCACCCAAUCCUCCCUUUCUCUUCCCCCAAUCUACGUAGAAUAUGCCUUUCACCUUCCUCUGUUUUCCCUUCUCCCUGUCUCCCCCCCCCCCCCACCUCUGUCUCCCUCUCUCCCCCCCGGUCCCUCUCUCUCCCCCCGUCUCCCUCUCUCCCCGGUCCCUCUCUCUCCCCCCCGUCUCCCUCUCCCCCACCGGUCCCUCUCUCUGCCCCCAUCUCCCUCUCCCCCACCCCGGUUUCUCUCUCCCCAUCUCUCUCCCCCGUUUCUCUCUCCCCCGGUUUCUCUCUCCCUGUCUCUCCCCCCGUUUCUCUCUCCCCCCGUCUCUCUCCCCCCGGUUUCUCUCUCCCCCUCUCUCCUACCCAGGGAUGGAUCAAUAAUGUAUAAUAAUAAACCAUUUGUAUUAAAA